GAAGAAGAAGCUCCAGUUCACGCAGGCAGGCUGUAGUAAACACCGGAGGAAGCAUGUAACUUUACUGUGUUUUAGAUCAUGGAAAUUCUCGGGAGCACGUUUGAUGAUUCGGUAUUUGAGGAAUCGCGAAACAGGGAUUUAUUCACAGAUCUUCCCGCAUAUACACCUAAAACCUGCGAGCCAGAGUGGUUUUGUCAUUAUGAAAAAUUCGAAGAUGAACUAGAUGAACAGAAAACUAUGAAGUUCCGGGCGGAUCUGAAAUACAGGAAAAAACAAUAUCAGGAAGCUAUAGACGACUACACAGUGUGCCUUCCUCUGGUGCCUAAUAAUAAUCUGUCUAUGAAAAGAGAUGUAUUGGAGGGAAUGGCACGGUGCUACAGACAUCUGGGAAAGAGCGGACAGGCCCUAGAGAUCUGUGAGAAACUGAGGAAUGAAGCGACCAACACUUGCCACCUGACCUGCGUCCUACAGCUGGAACAGAGCAUCCACGAGGGCUGUGGAGACGUCAUGAGCAGCAUCUCUAGUUUGAAACAGCUUUGCUCUGUUCAUCCUUUCAACCCUUGGUACUGGCUGAACCUGGCCACGAGCUACCAAAGCCUGCUGGAGAAAAAUACAUCACAGAUACCACAGGCCUUCAUUCAGCAGCAGCAGGAGGAGAAGGAGGCGCGGCUGAAGGCCUGCAUGUGUUUUAUUAGAACAAGGCUGCUGAUUGAAAUACUGAAGAUUCAGCAGUUCUCGUUCGUCCUGGAAAGGAGCAUGAAAACCCUUCAGGCCAUUGAGGCGUCUCUGCAGGAGAUGCAGCUCAAAGAGGAAACAAUCCGACUCAUUUCCAAGAAAGUGUGCAGUUCUCUCCCUCAGCAAAGAGUGCAUAAUAAAAUUAAAAACAAACAAAGCUGUCCUUUUAUUAUUUGAAGAGCUGUGUUUGUUUGUACGUAGCUUGUAUUCAUUUCCAUAGUUAAAUUUAACUAGCUAACACAACAUAGUCUUAGUUUAAUAGGUGUGUAGAAUUUGUUAGCUAGUUUUAUUUUGGUAGCUACACCGCCAGUUAAAAGGUUUUUGAACACCCUUAUAUUUGAUCACAUUCUGUUUAAUUGGACCUUCUGAUCUAGAUAUAUCAUAUACAGGCUCGGGGAGUGACGGAAUACUUGUAACGGCUUUACGUAAUCAGGAGGCAAAAAACUGUUAACAGUAAUCCGUUACAGUUAUGUCAAAAAACAGAGUAAUCAGAUUACAGGUACAUUUUGGGAAAAAAUGGGAAUACUCUCAGGAUUACAAUUUUUUUCAUUGAAAAUCAAAGAAAUUAAUCUUUUGACAUAACACAAUAUAGACAGAUUCUUAAUUAUAUUUCUGGUUCUCUCUUGCCAAUCGUGACUCACACGAGCAACCUCCUGGUGCAUGCACAAAUAAAUUGUGUGCGCAUAUUUGCAUCGCUUUAACCCCUCUCUCUAAUUCCCGCCUUCUCGCACACCAAUCGGUCGAUUAUAAAAGGCUUGCAGCAACUAUUGGCCAAAUUCCUGCCUCUUAACCAUUAGCGUACUCUCAGCAAGUGCAUGAAGGUGAAACGCUGUUCUGUACUGCGUCAAAAACAAUGCCCAUGGCCAUAUAAGGUCAUUUUUAAUUUCAUGAUAUCACAUUGCUUCGUAUUCCAUGGUCAUUCAAAAGUGUAAAUGAUGGCAGAAGGUACACUCGUGGCAUCUGGGAUUUUUUAUUCCAUGGACUUUCAAAAGAAUGUAGGAAUAAUUGUAAAAUGUGGGCAGAGUGAAACCAAUUUUAUUUAUAUAUAUUUAUGUGAUGCUAAUAGUGUGAGUUUUUCAGUGUAUUAAAGUCUGUAUUCAUAGAAAAAAAAAGUGUCCUCUUUUAUGGAAAACCAGAAUAUGGUCACUCUAGCUUUUGUGAUGUAAUGUUACCCGCCUUAGGGACAGUUAUCUUUUAUUCAUUUAUUUAUUUAUUUUAUGAAAAACAAAUCCGAACAUUGA